AAGAAGGCCAAGACGGUAUGGGUGAAAUGCGCGGGCGAGGAGAAGGAACGGGCCUCUGUAAUGUUUUUAGGCGAUUUCACGGGCACCGAGAUCACACCAUCCGUUGUGUUCAAGACAAAGCCCUCUCAUAUACCGGAGCGCAGACAGAUGAACGACGAAUGCCUUCAUGAUUUUGGGAUAACCAUUCGGAGAAAAGCCCAUCCUGCACAAGUGGAAAAGGAAUUCAGGUAUGCGGUAAUAAAAAAGUAA